UUCCGUCGCCCUGCUGGCGGGCAUUUUGCCUGCUCUCAGGCUCAUCUCUCCGGUCAGAGGGAGGUGAGCGCUGGGCCUCGGUGGAGGUGCUCUUGAGAAGAGACCUGGUCGCUGCGUCACAAACGCAAUUGGGAGGCUCCGUGAAUCCGCUUGGGUGACCGGGGCCUCGUCCGCGAUGGGUACCGCGGUGCUCGGCGCCCCCUCCUGGCCCCCGGCUCCCUCACAGCUCAGCACACAGAUUGCCAUGGCGGCGGCCGCGCUGAGGCGCCCGGCUGAGGUUGUUGUGACCUUUGAGGAUGUUGCUGUGUAUUUCUCCAGGACAGAAUGGCACCUCCUUGAUGAGGCUCAGAGAUGCCUGUACAUCAAUGUGAUGCUGGAGAACUAUGCUCUUAUAUCUUCGCUAGGUUGCUGCUGUGGAACAGAGGAGGUGGAGGCAGCCAUUCAAGAGAAUAUAUCUGCAGGAGACUCAAAGGCUAAGAAUAUUAAAUCAGCACUGUCUUCCCAGAAAAGCCACCCCUGUGAGAGUUGUGGGUUCAUCUUGAAAGACAUUUUCCUCUUGGCUGACCAGCAGGGAACACAACAGAACCCAACACUGCUGAGGUGUGGGGCAUGUGCAAAACCAUACUAUUUCAGUGCACAGAGUUACCAGCACCAGGAGGAACAGAUAACAAAGAAUCAUUUCAUAAGCAGUGUGGAGAGGAUCUCACUUGCAAAGAGCUGCAAUUUCCAUGUGUCUUGGAAUCCUUGUGCCUCUAGUCAGGUUGAAAAGCAUUUCCUCAUUAACUCAGGGCAUCUUGAGCAACUGGCUGCUCACACCAUGCCCAGGGAAAAUGACAUCUCUAAGUCUGUAGUGACUUUUCAAACUACAAAAUAUGACAAUGGAAAAGAAUACAAGAAAGCCAUUGGGUGUGACAGCAUACUUGUUGAGGACCAAAGAUUCCUUACAGAAAGACAGUGUGUUUUAUGUUGUGAAUGUGGGAAAUCCUUUACCACUAGCUCUUCCCUCCGUGUUCAUCAGAGAAUUCAUACUGGAGAAAGGCCUUAUGAGUGCAGUGAAUGUGGAAAAUCUUUUAACUUUAGUUCUGCCCUACGGUAUCAUCAGAGAGUUCACACUGGAGAAAGGCCUUAUGAGUGUGGUGAAUGUGGGAAAUCUUUUACUGGUAGCUCUGGCCUUCGUAAUCAUCAGAGUGUUCAUACUGGAGAAAGGCCUUAUGAUUGCAGUGAAUGUGGGAAAUCUUUUGCCGGAAGCUCUGGCCUGCGAUAUCAUCAGAGAAUUCAUGCUGGGGAAAGGCCUUAUGAGUGCAAUGAAUGUGGGAAGUCUUUUACUGGUAGCUCUGGACUCCGUAAUCAUCAGAGUGUUCAUAAUGGAGAAAAACCUUAUAAAUGCAGUAAAUGUAAAAAAUCAUUUACCAGGAGCUCUACCCUCCGUCAUCAUCAGAAUGUUCACAAUGGAGAAAGGCCUUAUCAGUGUAGUGAAUGUGGAAAAUCUUUUACCUAUAGCUUUUCACUCCAGUAUCAUCAGAGAGUUCACACUGGAGAAGGGCCUGAUGAGUCCAGUGAAGGUGGAAAAUCUUUCACCAGUAGCUCUGAACUUUGUAAACAUCACAGAGGUCACACUGGAGAAAGGCCUUAUGAGUGCAGUGAAUGUGGAAAAUCUUUUACCAUUAGCUCGUCUCUCCGUUAUCAUUACAGAGUUCACACUGGAGAAAGGCCUUAUAAGUGUGGUGAAUGUGGGAAAUCUUUUACCAGUAGCUCUGCUCUCCGUAAUCAUCAAAGUGUCCACACUGGAGAAAGACCUUAUGAGUGCAGUAUAUGUGAAAAAUCUUUUACCAGGAGCUUUUCCCUUCGUCAUCAUCAGAAAAUUCACACUGGAGAAAGGCCUUAUGAGUGCAGUGAAUGUGGAAAAUGUUUUGCCAUUAGCUCAUCCCUCCGUUAUCAUCACAGAGUUCACACUGGAGAAAGGCCUUAUAAGUGUGGUGAAUGUGGGAAGUCUUUUCCCUGCAAAUCUGGCCUCAUUCGUCAUCAGAGAGUUCACACCGGAGAAAGGCCUUAUGAGUGUGGUGAAUGUGGGAAAUGUUUUAAGAAAAAAGAUUACUUUAAUUCUCAUCUGAUUUCACACUGGAGAAAAGCAUUAUGAGUGGUGAAUGUAGGAAAUUUUUUACCCAUAGGGGUUGCCUUCUGUUGUCACCAGAAAGUUCACACUGGAUUAAGGCCUUUUGUGUGCAGUGAAUGUGGAAAAUCUUUUACCAAUAAAUCUGCCCUCCAUUAUCAUCACAAAGUUCACACUAGAGAAUUGCCUUGUAAGUGUGGUAAAUCUGGAAAAUAUUUUACCAGUUGCUGUGAACUUUGUAAACAUCACAGAGUUCACACUGGAGAAAGUUUGUAUCAGUUCAGUGAAUGUGAGUGAUCUUAUACCAGUAGCUCUGCCUACUGUAAACAAAAUUCACACUUAAAAAAGACCUUCAGAGUGCACUGAAUGUGGGAAGUCCUUUACUUGUGGCAGUCACUUCCAUUAUCAUCAGAAUUCACACCAAAGAAAUGCCUAUGAGGGCAGUAAAUGCAGAAAAUCUUAUCUGUAGCAUUAACCUUCAUUGUAAUCAGACUACACACCGGAGUGAAGUUUUAUGGCUGCAUGGAAUGUGGGAGAUUUUAUUUUAUCAGUAACCUUCCUUAUCCUUAGAGAUUUCACAUAUGAGAAAGACCUUAUGAGUGCAGUGAACUUGGAAAAUUCUUCUUCUGUAGGAGUCCCCUCUUAUCAUCAGAGAGUUCACCCUGGAGAAUGGUCUUAUGCCUACAGUGAAUGUGUGUAAUGUUAUUCUUGUAUCAGUGAUUUCCAUUAGUACAAUAAGAGUUUAGGGUGCAUUUAAGUGAUGUAAAUAUGAGAAAUCUUUUAACUGUAGCCAUUCCCUUCAUUGUCAUUAGAGAAUUCACAAUAUCUUAGUUCUUAGAACUAAAGAAAAUCGGGAAACCUUUCAUUUUUAUCCAUUUUCUUUGUUAUCUUCUAAGAAGUCACACAGGAGAAAUGUUUUUUUAUACAUGCAAUAUGAGAUUUUGGGGGGGUGGGUAGCACUAGCCUCCAUUAUAUUGAGACAUUUUAAUCUGGUGAAAGGUGUUGAGUAUGGGGAAUGCGGAAUAUUCUUUUCGAUCCUUUCUCAUCAUUAGAGAGUUUACACAGGAGAUAGGUCUUACAGGUACAUCAAAUGUGGGACACAUUUUGACUCAUAGACACCUUAAUCAUAGUUCACACUGGUUGAUGGCUUCAGGUAUGAAGUGAACAUGGGAAAUCUUUAGGCAUAAGUCUGUAUACAUACCCUUUUGAUGUAGGAGAGGUCUCACUGCAUAAAUGCUUAACUUUUAGGAAAAAAAUUUUUUCAGUGUGACUGAAAUGACACCGAAGAAAACUUUGUAAGAAAACUUCUGAGGUUAAAUUUAUAUGCUCACAGUGUGGACGUGUCUCAGAAGUUUAAUGUUUAUAUUUUGAAGUACCUAGCAAAGUACUAUCUAAACUAGGUGUGUCAUACAGUGUAUGAGGGUUGCAUUUCCCCACUCUAACAAAAUCUUGAUUUGUUUAAUUUUUAUAAUUUUUGCUCUUUUCAUAUGUUCAUUAUGCUCUCUCUGUUGUGUUAGUUGCAUUUCCCUAAGGAUUUAUGAUGAGCAUUUUCGCAGGAGUGUAUAUAUUAGUGAUGUUUUUUUAGUAAAAGAUGUACUUACAUAAUCUACCUAUUUUAUUAAAUUGGGUUACUCACCUUGAACAAAUAGAAUGAAACAACAAAGAUCUGUGUUUUAAAGUCACCCAUUUUGACUCCUUAAGUAAAUAAUUCUUGUUUUAUAGAGUAACUUUUUUGUAUAAUUGUUUUUAAUAGUGGAAGGCAUACAAAUUACUUGGAUUUUUUGUUUUCUUUUUUUGCUGUACACUAUGUAGUAUGUACAUAAUAUAUACUUUAAGGAAUGAGUUGCAUUAUUAACACUUCAUUGUUUUGUAAAUUCAAACAUUUAGUAAUAUAAUAUAAUAUAAUAAAGCCUUGCUUUUUAGUUUUAA